CUCGGCGUCGGGGCAGGGCCGGCUGCCCGCGUCUGCCAGUCUGCCCCGGUUGCUAGGCUCCCCGAGAGGGCAGGACUUCUGGGUGUGCUCGGGGCAACGGCCGCCGGGGCCCGACACCUAGGCAGGUCCUCACCGGAGGCCUCAGAGGGAGGGGAGGCGUGGCGCCGGCUCCCGGCUUUUUCGUGGUCGCUCCUCUCCAGCUGCCCUUUCCAAACUUUCAAAAGAUGCGGCCGGACUCCGCCCCCAGCCUCCCGCGCCUCCGCCGCCGCCCCUGAGCAAAUGCAGAAGGGAGCCGCGGGCCCGGCGGGGCGGGGCGAGGGGAGGCCGGCCCUAUCGGAGCCCAGGUGGCCCCGCCUCCCGGGGGCGCAAGCCGGCGGUGGCCGCGGAGCUGCGCGCUAGUUCCUCGCUCGCCGCUGGUGCCGGCAGCGAGCUAUGUCCGGGAGCCGCGUCCUCGGACCCGGGCUCCGGCCGCGCGCGUAGGAAGCAGCCGCAGCAGCAACUGCCAAGCAGUUAGCUGUCCAUGGCCCUUCGCCUGGCGGAGCAGGACCGGACGAGGGGACCCCCGCGCCUUCUCCGCCGCCGCCCGCCCCCACCCGAGAGUGAUGGGCAACACCGCUCACAAGACGCUACCAGACACGAGUCACCAGGCUCGUUUGUUAUCCAACCGGCCUUGUUACACGCUGCCCACCAGCAGCCAUGAUCGGCGCUCCAUCCUGGCCAUCACCGAGCCCCCGCGGUUCCACCCCCAGGCCAAGGGCAAGAACGUGCGGCUGGACUCCCAUUCCCGCAAGGCCACCCGGAGGAACAGUUUCUGCAAUGGGGUCACGUUCACUAACCGGCCCAUCCACCUCUAUGAGAAGGUCCGGCUGAAGCUGGUGGCUGUGCACCACGGGUGGAGCGGGGCCCUGCGCUUCGGCUUCACCAUCCAUGACCCGUCGCAGAUGAACUCGGACGACAUACCAAAGUACGCCUGCCCAGAUCUGGUGACCAGGCCCGGCUACUGGGCCAAAGCUCUGCCAGAGAGGUUCGCCCUGCGGGACAACGUCCUGGCCUACUGGGUCGACCGCCACGGGAGAGUGUUUUACAGCAUCAACGAUGAGGACCCGAUACUGUUUCACUGUGGCAUUAAGGUCUCUGGGCCCCUGUGGGCUCUCAUCGAUGUUUAUGGAAUCACCCAUGAAGUGCAGAUCCUAGAUAGCAUGUUUGCCGAGACCAUGGCCUCCUCUCGUCUCAGCAACACUCGCUUCAGCACUUGCAUCCCACAAAGUAACCACGACUCGGCCAACUUCAACAACAAUGAACUGGAGAACAACCAGGUAGUAGCCAAAAUCAGCAACCUGAACCUGAGCCGGGUCCCAGGAGUGUCCACAGACAACCACGUUAUACCCUGUUGUCCCAGCAGGCGCUCUCGGGGUCAUGGAGUCCCAGCCUUCCUAGAUACCGACCUCCACUUCCACCCCACCCGAGGGCCCGACGUCACUUUCUCUCAGGACCGCAUGGCCGCCUGCACCAAUUGGCAGGAGAGCAACAGGACCUUGGUGUUUUCGGACCGGCCUUUGCACAUCGGGGAGAGCCUCUUUGUGGAGGUCGGACACUUGGGGCUGCCCUAUUAUGGGGCUCUCUCCUUUGGCAUCACUUCCUGUGACCCGGGGACCUUAAGGACCAAUGAGCUCCCGGCGGAUCCUGACUCCCUGUUGGAUCGCAAGGAGUACUGGGUGGUCUACCGAGCGUUCCCCAUCCUCAACAGUGGGGAUGUCCUCAAUUUCAUGGUCUUGCCAAACGGGGAAGUGCACCACGGCGUCAAUGGCAACAACCGAGGAAUGCUGAUGUGCGUGGAUACCUCACAGUCCCUCUGGGUGUUUUUUACAAUUCACGGAGUUAUCAAUCAGCUCAAGAUUUUGGGUACAUUGCAGUCUAGCCCAGUGACUGCUUCUCCCUCAGGAUCCCCCAGCGGCUCACAGUACGACAGUGACUCAGACAUGGCCUUCAGUGUGAACAGGUCCUCCUCAGCUUCUGAGUCCUCACUGGUGACUGCUCCAAGCUCCCCUCUGAGCCCUCCCACAUCACCUGCAUUCUCCCCUCCGGAGCCUCCGAGCAACAAGAAUGGCGAGUGCACCAUUUGCUUUGACAGUGAAGUAGACAUGGUCAUCUACACCUGUGGCCACAUGUGCCUCUGCCACACCUGCGGUCUUAAACUGAGGAAGCAGCCCAAUGCCUGCUGCCCCAUCUGCCGGCGCACCAUCAAGGACGUCAUUAAGAUCUACCGGCCUUAGCCCCUCCAUCACACCCCAAGCCCACCGCUGCUCAGGUGGGCAAAGGGGCUUUGCUAAACAAAACAGAACCAUGCCUUGCCACCCACUGCCAGUGACUGGUCCUAUGCCAAGAGGUUUACCCAUCUCUUCUGAAGCAUUUUUAAUGGUAGGAAAAGUCAGGGAUCUGCCCUAGCUAAGGGACUUGGCAGAGGGUCUGAGGGAAGAAGGGUAGCUGCUUUUGGUGAUCUAGUGCUUCUCCUAAAGAUACCGUCCUAUAGAUGAUCACAGGCACUGUCACAUGUAAUCACUGUAGCAUAUGUACUUGCUUUCUCUAAGGCCCAGCCUUGCCCAGCUGGGAAAAUGGCAGACUUUGUGCAAUGCUUCUUGGAGAUAGUUUGGUUGAGUGUGUGUGAUACAGGAAAGAGAAGUUGGGGGACAAUGAAAGGAGAAAAAAAAAGGAGAGAAUGAGAGAGUGAGAGGGAGGGUGUAUGAGUGUGAGAGAGAAGGAGGAAGAGUAUAUAAGAGAGAGAGAAUGAAUGUGUAUGAAUUCUAAGCUACUGGAGGUGGGAGCUCCUUGUUCCACUGAGCCGUCCCUGCUGUCCUCCAAGCUCUCUCCAGAAGCCCUCAAUCAGGAGCUUCUCAAAGAACAUCCAAGGAAUUGAGGACCAGCUACAAUCAAGGGCUUGUGUCCUUUUCCAUGUUUUCUCCUUCCUCAGAAGCUAUUGGAUGAGUGACUGUUGAACAUUUUCAGUUUUUACCCAACCAGAAAUAUUACUUGGAUAAUAAUAUUUGAGAAGGAAACUUAGAUCAUCAAUGCACUGUUUACAACCCCAGAUAUGAACAGUUGUGUCUGGGUGCUUAGUUUUUUAAAAAAGCAACUUGUUGGAUUUUGAUUUUUGGUUUGUUUUCUCUUUUUAUCUCCAUCUUUUGAGAGUGAUUUCACCAGUCCCAGGGUGCAGCAGAGCUAGAGCUCUGACCUCUCCCAGAAGAUGUAUUACCCUCACAGCUGCUCUGCAGAAUAGAAUAUUAUGCACCGUGCACCUUCCCCCAUUCCCCCAGUCUCCAAAUACUUUUAAGAAUAUUAUCUUCUUAAUCUUUAUAAUUAGGAGGCCCUCCAUAAAGCAGAAACUGAAAUAGAGAGGCAGGGGCCUGCUCAGAGGUCAUUUGAUAGCUUAGCUAAAACCCCUUAGAUACUUCAGUUCACUACUUCAGCCACUUGCCCCAGGGUUGACAAUCUGGGGUACAUAAGGUGAUGUUCAGUAGUAAAGCCCAGGGUCCAUUCUCCAACCUCGGAUAAAUUUAGAAGAGGAAGAGUUUGUUUUUAUUGGUUUCCCAUUAACUUCCCUCCUGGGCCUCCAUGCUACCUAGCCCCUCUAUCCUAGUCAUGCUGUCAGUUAACUGUCAACUAAUCUCUAGUGGAUUGUCAGCUUUUAAGGUGUUAACUGAUAAUUAUGGCAUCAGCUGACAAUCUUGAAGUGGGACCCUCUUCGUUGCAUUUUUUUAAGGAGGAUUGUUUAAGAUUAGCUGACCUUCCUUGAGGAACAGGGUCUAACUUUACCACAUUUCUUUUCCUGAUCAUCCUGUUACUGCUACCAGAGAGAUCCUGAAGUGACAUUGGGCAUAUCAUGGGUCCUUGUUCAAGAUGCUCUUCUUGAGUCAUCCACCCGAUUACCCAGGGGAGCAAAUCAAUAAAAAUGUACCGACUGGCCUCUGCCAUAGUCCAUGCUGCUUUUCCUUUUAAAGGAAGUCAUUUCCCAAGAGUCGCAGAGAUUAGGGAAUUAAGGAUUAUUGCAUGAGAGCCAGCAAGAUCUAUUUGGGAGCUCUCUUUGGAGAACUGGCAAGAGUGCUAACCUGGGAUUCAGAAGAUGCCCCCUUCCUGCUCUGCCUCCAGAUUCCAGGCUCAUUUCUGCUUUUAACUCAUUGUGGAGGGUUUAGUCAAGGCAUGUCAUUGCGCCUAGGUUUUCUCAUCUGUCAAAUGGGGAUAAUAAUGCCUUUCCCACCUGCCUUGCAAAGGCUAUCAUGAUGAUCAACUUAGAUAUAGGAUAUGAAAGAUAAUAAAGAUAAAUAGAUGUGUAAGAGAUGCUUCUUUUGACACUAAAUCUCAGUCAACUCAAUUUUUCCAGAAGGAAGACAAGUAGAAAUGGAAGAGGAAGUUGUCAAUUAGUUUUGGUUCCUUAGGUUCUUGUAUCCUAGGUAGGGUGUAAGGAAGAGAGCAGAUCUUCAAUUAAAACCUUAUUUGGUAGAAUUUCUGUAUGUUCUUCCUUUUUCCUAACUCAUUCAGAGACCAGGCAGUGAUUGAUCCCCAGUGGCAGCAGGAGAGCUCGGCCAAGGGCUGUCGAGCUGAGAGGCUGUGAAUGAAAAACAAUUCUGUCAAGUUGAGUUAAAAUGAGGUGUAAAAAGAAAUGGCCAAGAGAUCUACCAAGUUCUCACUCAGCCUUUUUAUUGAUGUUUUCGAAGAGCUACCUCCCCAGUCUUCCUGAGACUAGAAGACAAGGCAGACCGUGCCUUCCACCCUUUCUGUUAGAAGCAAUGUCAGAAUUAUGUUCGCUGAGAGACAGGCUGGCAGAGUGGCUACACAUCUGACCUUGGUAUCAGGAAGACCUAAAUCGACCUAAAAUUGACUAUACGAACUUGGGCAAAUUAACCUGUCGGUGCCCCCAGCCAAAUGGACCUUGUGACUCUUCAAAGAAAGAGUAAAUUAUGCCCACCGUAGCUUCUAUAUUGUGUAUGUGUCUUUGUACACUGAGUCUCUGAAAAAUAGUAAACCAAUACGUAGUAUAUAUGGUCAUUCAGUUGGAUUCACCAGAACAGCCCAUUUCCCAGGAGUGUCAGAUAAUAGAGAACUUGACUGUAUAUUUCAAGGGGACUUUGAUUUAAAAAGAGAAAAUAGUUGACUGUUAUCCCAUUGUUUUUCUGCUUAUAUUCUUCAUGCAAGCAUUUGUCAGUGCUUAUUGCCAUCCCUUUGCCUCAGUUUCCACAGCUGUACUAUGAGGGAGUUAGAUUAAGAGCCUGUGGUGACUCUGACUCCUGGCAUAGGAACUUUGAGACCCUCAGAUGUGUGAAAAACAUAGUUGUGUGCAAUACAUUUCAUUAAGGUGUGCACCCAUUGAAUUUUAUUGUUUUUAAGGCAAACAUUUAUUGCCUAAUCAUAAAGGACAUUAUUUUUAGUUAUCAAACCAAAGAUACUAAAAAAAUGUAAUGAAAUUAAAAUUAUUUUUCUAAAAAUAACAGCUAAACCUCACUUAGAAAUACAAAAUUUUAAAGAGAGAAAAAUACCAAUUUUUUCUUAGAUUUUAGAAUUUGCCCGAGCACAGUCAGCAUAUCCUAUGUAUGAGAGCCCACAGUCAGGAAGACUGAUGGUGAACAUCUUUUUCCCCUCUGGUUCCCCAUCCUACCAACUCUUAUUUCGGCCCUAGUUACAGCAUUAGCGCCACUUUGAUCCUUAAGUGCAGAGAUUUGGAAACUAUUAAAGGGUGGCCUGGGCAGCUGAGAGCAUCACAGGCACUGCUCCCGAUGACCUGCUAUGUGAGGAGAAAAUGAGACAAUGGCCUGUUUUAACCUGCCUAGUCACUGCCAUAAAUAGCCUCAGCAUCUGAAGAGGAACUGGGGGCUGGGGGGCUGGGGUUUGCUUGCGGUUUCUUUUUAAACCAGGCAUUGUUCAGGGCCUGAAGAACUUCCUUUUUUUUUUUCUUUAAUAAAUUAACCACUAAAGUUCCCUCAGUCGCUGCGCUUGAUGGCCAGUGGAUAUUCUCCCUCAAUGGUGCUGCCUGGUAUUUCUCUUGCUUCUUUGUAAUACACAGAAUAGCCCUCUUUGCCCAGGGUGAGCAGGAUGUGGUAUACUGCUGUUCAUGGACUCUGCUUUAAAAGGGAAGGAAAAAUUUUUAUUCAUGACAUUUUUUUAAACCUGGAAUGGAAGAGCAAAAGGUUUUGGCAUUGAGGAAGAACAUGGGCCCAAAGGCUUAUUAUAGAAUUUUAUGCAAUGAAGAACAGCAGCAUAGGAGAAUGAAAAGAACGGAACCCAGAGUUCAAAGGCUGAGUUUUAAUUCCAUCUCUGCCCUUCAUGCCCUGUAGAGCUGGACUACUUUGUUGUCUUCUCCGCCUCAGUUUCCCCAGCUGUAUUAUGAGGGAGGUAGAUUUAAGGUCUAGUGGUUCUGUGGUUAUAACUCUUGUCCUUCCAGAUGUGUCAAAGAGCCUACAUUAAGCUAUUGAAGGAUAGGAAUUGGGCUGUGCCUUAAUCUUGCUAAUGUGUUUCCUUCAUGCAUCAGUGAGCUAUGUCCAAUUUUGGUAUGAUUAAGGGAAAGAAGAGAAUUUGGAGUUCAGAAGACCAGAGGGCUGGGCUUGAAUUUCAAAUCUGCCUCUUGCUUGACCUUGGGCAAGUAGCUUAAUAAUUAAUAAUGAGUGAUAUUUACAUAACACUAAUUUGCAAAGCACUUUACAUAUGUUAUCUGAUCUGAGCCUUGCCACAGCCCAGUGAGUUAGAGACUGGAGAUAUUAUGUUCAUUCUACAAAAAGAUCAAACUAAGAUUCAAAAGCUCCAUGACUUACCAGCAAUGUCAGAGGUAACAUUCAAGCCCAUAUCUGUCAGUACUGUUCAGUACCAUAACCACUUUGCCACACUGCCUCUCAUCCCCUGUAGAUACCAGUUUCCUUAAGGGUGAAAACUAGAGGGUCUCCAGAGUCCGUCCCAGUUCUCAAUUCUCUGUUCCUAAAGUAGCUGGAAACAGCAUCAAAUAAAUGCACUUAAGUCAAUACCAGGAGGCCCUUUGUUUGGGGUUUUGUGGCUAGUGUAGAUUGGGCCUGGUGGUUGAAUCUAGAAUUUCUAACAGAAGGUUUGCCCCUAGAAUUACUUUGAGAAUUCCUCUUUUAAGGUCUUUUGAAUGUAUUCCAAUCCUGAGAAAGCCAAACUCAGCUCUCACCAAUAUAAUCUGCCAGCUACGGCUCCACUCUUUUCCCUUCCUGCUGAGUAGUGCACAGAGUCGGGACUGAUAUUGUAUGCAUGGGUUACCAAUGGUCUUGUAUAUCCCAAGCACCAAACAGUUGAUGGAUCUUGUUCCACAAGGUCGGAAUCAGUUCUGUCUCUAAGAUUGGGCAAACCAGGAGAAACAAUGGGGCUUUGCGAAAGACUAAAUGAAGGACUAGAGAGAUAAAACUAGGAAGAGAUUUUGCAAGGGCUUAGACAACUUGCUUUGUACUUUGCUGAACAUUUCUAGAGAAAUUCUGGUUCUCAUAUCCCAGUAUUGUUGGAAAAAACUGAGCUUGACUUAAUGCCAUUCGUUGAAUUUGGCUGCUUGAAAGAGAGACAAUGGAGGUAGAUGGACAUGACUUUCUGGUGAUUUGGGAUCCAGACUUAGAACCUGCACCUCCAGUCUCUCAUCAUUACCAGUUCCAUUCCUAAUCUCUAACAGUCUUAAAAAGUAGAGAGUGCCUCAAAGGCAGCCUGGAGGCCAGUGCUAGGACAAGAAAAGACUGAUGGGUCCACAAGAAUCUGACCUCUUUGGAAUAGCUGUUCUCCCUCACUCCAGGGCCCCUGAGAAAAUGAUUUCUCCCACACUGUAGAUCAGAAGGUCAGAAAAAAAGGAAACAAGCCUUCCCAGAGAUCCAAUGCAGGCAGCCAGCUCAGCCUUCCCAGAAUGAUCAGGUUCUGACUGGACUGUGGUAGCUGUGCCUUUGAAAAGGGGUGGGUCUCGAAUCAUUUGGUACAAAUGAUUCCCUGAAGGGUAUUUUUUUCCUUUUUGCUGCUUUGUGGUCCUUCCCAAUGGAAUUAUUUGGCAGUGCUUUUACAUCCAUGGCUAUUCCAGGUCUGCUGUCCUCCAGAACAACUGUCCUUUAUGGCCAUAGCCCCCAACUUGCAACUCAACUAGUUUCCUCUAAUCCUUAAAAUAGGUUUAAUUUCUACUCUCCUACUUCUUUCUCCUUGACUCAUUCUUAGUCAUUUAUUCCUUAUGGGAUAGCCAUAUAUAGAGAGAUAUAAAUAUAUAUAUAUAUAUAUAUAUGUACAUAUGCACAUAUAUAAGCUACAUAUGUGUGUAUAUAUAAUCUAUAUAUGUGAAUAAGCCUCAGAAUCAGUGAGUAAAUAGAGAACAGUCAAGAAUGAAGGCCGGUUCUCUAACUAAUAUUAGCUUGUUUAAUCCUGGGCAAGUCACUUAUGCCUUUUAAUAUCCCAACGAAAUCUGACUAAUUUGAAGAGCAGUUAUAGAUCUGCAACGGUACAGGUUGUUUCAUCUGAAGUUCCCAAUACCACUAAAAAUACAAAUUUGGUCCAAAAAACUAAAACCUACCCAGUUAUACCAAGGGCAGGGCAGAAGACUAGCCCAUAUCUAAUUACAGCCCUUGGGAUAGAUAGCUGAAAAUCCUUGUCCCCAGCAGGGACUCCCAGGCUUAACCAUUCAGGAUAACAUUUAAGUCUAGAUAAUAGCUUGGAGGGCAAGUCUGGAGUGGACCUCACUCUGCCUUAUGACAUCUUGGUGCAGGUUUCUACAAGGCGGGGGGAGCCUCAGGUUCAGGAAAAGUAAGUCUCCUGAGGAUGAGUGGUUAAAAAAAAAAUUGUCUUUCUCCUUUGAUGUCUCUUAAAAUUCCUUGAUGAAAUGCUUGUACAGAAAUCUGUUUGUGCCUUAUGGGAGUGUCUGUGUACUUUUUAUCCUUUUUAAGCAACUUUAAAAAAAAGGGGGGGGGGAGAAU